CAGAAACUUCUCUCUCAGUUUUUAACUUCAGAGUUCAUUCAGAGAGUUUUACCCCGACGGAAACAUGACGACGUACACAGAUAAAGGUGAAAAGCACGAGCGCGGCAGCUUCCUCUGCUUCGAUCACCUGACCUUCUGGGUCGGAAACGCCAAACAGGCGGCGUCCUAUUACUGUAACAAGAUGGGCUUCGAGCCGCUGGCGUACCGCGGUCUGGAGACGGGCAGCCGCGACGUGGUCUCGCACGCCGUCAAACAGGGCAAGAUCGUCUACGUGUUCUCAUCGGCCCUCAACCCUGGAAACAAAGAGAUGGGAGAUCAUCUGGUGAAACACGGAGACGGCGUGAAGGACGUGGCGUUCACCGUGACAGACUGUGACUUCCUCGUGCAGAAAGCCAGAGAGCGAGGAGCGCUGAUCGUCACGGAGCCGCACACGCUGGAGGAUAAGAGCGGGAAGGUCCGGCUGGCCGUGCUGCAGACGUACGGAGACACCACGCACACGCUGGUGGAGCGCAGCGGCUACAGCGGCCUCUUCCUGCCGGGCUUCCACCCCCCGCUGUUCAAAGACCCGCUGCUGGCCACACUGCCAAGCGGAGAGCUGAACUUCAUCGAUCACGUGGUGGGAAACCAGCCGGAGGACCACAUGGUCCCAGCGGUGGACUGGUAUCAGAGGAACCUUCUGUUCCACCGGUUCUGGUCCGUGGACGACAAGCAGCUGCAGACGGAGUUCAGCGCGCUGCGCUCCAUCGUCGUGGCCAAUCACGAGGAGACGGUGAAGAUGCCAAUCAACGAGCCAGCCAUGGGCAAGAGGAAGUCUCAGAUACAGGAGUAUGUGGAGUACUACGGAGGUCCAGGUGUGCAGCACAUAGCCAUGAACACAUCAGAUAUCAUCACUGCAAUCCGUAACCUGAAGCAGCGAGGGAUGGAGUUCAUGAGAGUACCGGACACGUACUACGAGCAGCUGAGAGAAAACCUCCAACACUCAAAGGUCCAGAUCUCAGAGGACCUGGAUGUUCUGCAGGCGCUGAACAUCUUGGUGGACUACGAUGACGAUGGGUAUUUACUCCAGAUCUUCACCAAGCCGGUUCAGGAUCGUCCCACCGUGUUUUUGGAAGUGAUUCAGAGACACAACCACCAGGGCUUUGGAGCAGGAAACUUCAAGUCUCUGUUUGCAGCCAUCGAAGCCGAUCAGAACCUUCGGGGAAAUCUGACGGUCCUGACGCCCAACGGAGACUCAAACAACAUGUGAUCCCAGCGUUCAAACAACAUGUGAUCCCAGCGUUCAAACAACAUGUGAUCCCAGCGCUCACUUCUCUUUAUACUUGUAUAAAUAUACCAAUAACGUGCUACAGUUACAAAUGCACAAAGCUUGUUUUUUUAUCAAAGUUGUUACUCUUUAAUGUCUCUGUGAAUUGCAUGUUUUAUUACAACAGAGUAGUACUUUAUUAUAAUCUCUCCUGAUGUUUCUGGAAGACUUUGUCACAACUUUACAAUGAUUUUCUUUUUUUAAUAUAAAAUGUUAACAAGAAAAAAGACAUUAUUAUGGGACAAGCUUGACUCAAGCAGAACAUCGUUUAGAGCUUUCAGGAAUGAAAACAUUUAACUGUACACCUCUGUUAUCCUUUGUUGUAACAGAAACAUAUCUGUAUGAAUGUGUGAAACUUCAUAAACUGUGAUGUGAAACCAAA